AUUACACACAAAAAAAGUUGCACUAUUUCUGCACUGUUUUUACCGGAAGCCUUGUAUUGUCCAGCUUUACUAUCUGCGCUCUGUGUACACAGAUGUGGGUGGAGCGAAGGAGGCGAAAGCACAGCAAUGUCAAGAAGUUUUUGGUGUCCGCGCUGUCGCGUUUUUUAGCAGAAAAGACAAAAACAAAUAACAAAUAAACAGUGGUGUCGACGGAAGAAGCGUGAGUCGGACCCGGACACGGCCAUGGACGGUGUGUAUGGAUGGGGCCUGACCCCACUCAACCCAGUCCAAGCUGCGACCCCCUACAUAGAGAUCAUCGAGCAGCCCAAGCAGAGGGGGAUGAGGUUUAGGUAUAAGUGUGAGGGCCGUUCGGCUGGCAGCAUCCCCGGAGAGAAGAGCAACGACACCACUAAGACCCACCCAGCUAUCAAGGUGCACAACUACAGCGGCCCGCUGCGUGUUCGCAUCUCGUUGGUGACGAAGAACGCGCCGCACAAGCCUCACCCCCACGAACUGGUUGGGAAAGACUGCAAACAUGGCUACUACGAGGCGGACCUGCAGGAGAGACGGAUACACAGUUUUCAGAACCUGGGCAUACAGUGUGUCAAGAAGAAGGACGUGAAUGAGGCCAUCACUUGUAGGCUGCAGACCAAUAACAACCCCUUCAACAUUCCCGAGGCGAAGGUGUGGGAGGAGGAGUUUGACCUGAACUCGGUUCGGCUUUGCUUCCAGGCCUCCAUCACUCUGCCGACAGGGGAGCUGUUCUCACUGGACCCUGUGGUGUCGCAGCCCAUCUUUGACAACAGGGCCCCAAACACAGCUGAGCUAAAGAUCUGCCGAGUCAACCGCAACUCUGGAAGCUGCAAAGGAGGGGAUGAAAUCUUUCUGCUGUGUGACAAAGUGCAAAAAGAAGACAUCGAGGUGCGUUUCUUCCAGGACUCCUGGGAGGGGAAGGGCACUUUCUCCCAGGCUGAUGUCCACAGGCAGGUGGCCAUUGUGUUCCGCACGCCGCCGUACCGCGACACUAACCUCUCCGAGCCAGUUAGAGUCAAGAUGCAGCUCCGCCGGCCCUCUGACCGCGAGGUCAGCGAGCCAAUGGACUUCCAGUACCUGCCCGCUGACCCAGAUGAAUACAGGCUGAGUGAGAAGAGGAAGCGUACAGGGGACAUGUUCCAGAGCCUGAAGCUGGGGCCCAUGCUGUCUAGUGUGUCCAUUCCACAAGAUAGACGGCACAUAAGCCCGGCAAGGAGAACAGUCACAGCCAAGGCUCCGUCCCAAGGUGCACCUGUGCUGCCCCCUGGUGCCAGUGGAGCAAAAGGCCAGCCUUCCUACUCCUAUCAACCAGGCCAGCUCUUCUCAGUCCAGCCCAAGAUGGAGGCCUCCCCCUCCAGCUCUGCUGCAGCCUCAAACCAAACAUGGAGGAUCAUGGAGAGCCUGAACCUGGGCUCCCAGCCCAAAGCCACUCCAGUGUCCAACUUUACACUGAGCCAGGCAGCACCCUCCUGCUCUUCUACCGCCGCUCCCACCGCCAACCAAGACUUCUCCACCGUCAACCUGUCAGACCUUCAUGAGUUCUUCCCCAACAUGUCCUCAGCCAUGGCCCAGGAGCCUGCAACUUCUCAGGGGAGCACGGCCUCCUCACAGCCCAGCAGCUCCUUCACCAUGCACGGCUCUCAGUUCCGGGUGGACGCAGCACUCGCGGACGACGACAUCCCAGAGUUCCCGAGCUUCUCCGAAGCCCAGGCCCCAGGCGCUCUGGACAACCUAAACAUGGACGACUUUGAGGACCUUCUGAACCCCGCCCUCAUGAGCGAGAGUGGAAACGGCAGCUCCAUGUUGGCUCAGGCUUCGUGCCAACAGGCUGCCCCUCCCAGCUCUUCCACUGCGGCCCACAGCGUGGCAUCCCACAACACUUCUGACCCCGCCGGCAUCCCAGGAAGCACCUGGAUGAAUUACCCCAACAGCAUCGUCAACUUGCUCCAGAACGAGGGCAUGAUCGACAUGGCGUCCAACAACAACAGACAGCAGCCCGUCGUGCUGGACGAGUUUGAUGAGUUGAUGUCCGCUGACGAGGAUCGUCUAAUUUCCAUUUUUAACAGUGGAAGCCAAGCUGGGUUUGUGUCGGGACACCCGACUUAAAGCUUAUCCACGUGAAUUUUUUUGACUUAUUUACAUAGACCACUUGUAUCUGCCCCUUUUUACCUCCUGAACUAAAAGUCCUUUGUUGUUAUAAAAGACAAAAAAGGAAACAAAAGGUGGAUAUAAUAGGGUUGUAAGAGACAGAAUGUGGCAAAACUGCUCACUGUGGAAACACCAGCAAAGACUCUUAUGGAAUUGUAUUAGAGGGUUUUGCCAGCCUUUAGAUACAGUUUGACCGACAAAUGAUA